AUGUUCGACGCUGACGCUUUCCGCAAUGCACCAUUCAAUGUCUUCGCCGUGGCAUCGUUCACGGGUUUCCUUGGCUUGUACAUACCAUUCUUCUACAUCCAAGAAUACGCCCUGGCACAUGGCAUGAAAACGAUGCCCGACCUCGCCUCAUCCACUCUCGCUAUCCUCAACGCUGGAAGUGUAAUCGGCCGUAUCGUCCCAGGCUUCAUUGCCGAUGAGAUAGGGCUGCUGAAUACCUACUUGACCUGCACCUUCGGCGCCGCCCUUUGCGGCUUCAUCUGGAUCGCAUGCAAGAGUAUCGGCGGUAUAGUGGUCUUUACCAUCUUCUAUGGAUUCUUCUCUGGCUGCGCCGCUGCCCUGCAACCUGCUGUCCUUGCAUCUCUGGCGCCACAGCCAAACAUCGUUGGAACUUGGGUCGGCAUGGGCAGUCUGUUCUCGUCGACAGGGCUGUUGCUGGGUAGUCCGCUGGGUGGAUUGAUCUAUGACCAUUCAGGAUGGACAAGCUUGCAAUUAUGGUGUGCUUGCCUGGUUGUGGCAUGCACUGUAGCGACAGCCGCCACGAGAGUACUGCGGUCAGGGACCGGAAUCAUGACGAAAGUGUAG